GUGUUUAUUGUUAGAUCGAUAUCUCUGUUUAAACUGUGGUCAAAUGUAGGGACGGUGAUAGUACUCCCUCUCUCCCAUCGAAAGUGGUGCAUUUUUUUUAGCACGAAAUUUAAGGAAAAUAAGAUUAUAAUGUGAAGGUGUGUAAAUGUGUGUGUGAUCAUAUUGUUUAUAGUGUAAAAAAAAAUACGCACCAAUUUCGGUGAGAAUAAUUAUUUUGGUGAAGAGGCAAAAAAAAGGAAAUACUAAAAUUUACAUAAAAGAGAAGAAAUAUAGGAAUUAGGAGUUGGGAAGAGGCGGAGAGAGUGAUGUAAUGUUGAUGGAAGGCAAUUGAGAUGACGAUGAAGAAGCUAAGAUGGGCGAUGGAUGGGGAAUUCUGGGAGCUGGACUUGUCGACGCCGGCGACGUUGGACGGAGUGGCGCGGCCGGUGGGAAGGGGGCUUCCGCUUCCGUUGGGGUUGAGCCGUGGGACUCGGCUGUCGCGGCCCAAGCAGAUUGAUUUCUUGCAGCGCUUCAUGGCGGCGCCGUUGGUCCCCUCAUUUUCCGAUGGACUUGGGCUCUCUCUGCAGCGCCUCCUCCCUCUCCCUCUCCCUUCCUCUGCUCGCGAUGCCUGUUUUACAUCAUUGCUGGGACAGUUCAAUGUGCAACAGUUCGCAGCUUCUCUCAAAGGGUCGGAGAGUAUUUGGAGGCAGCUUUCCGACCCCCAAUUUUACGCCCUCAAUUUCUGCUGGGAGUGGUUGAUAACACCUCAAGAUACACUGCUGCUUACUUCAGAAGCACACGCUCACGAUAAAAUUCCAAGGAAAAAGGCAAUUCUUCAUCACAAGUUUCCGAAUCAUAAUCUGACCGUGGAGGCAUCUUCUCCGGCACUUUUUGUUGACGACGGUGGUAAUUACUGGGAUGUGCCAUUCACAUUGGCUAUGGAUGUGGCUUCCAUAGCUCCCCGCUCUGCCACUAGCUGUCAUUUCUGCAUCAACCACAAUGCAGGUUCUCCUCGACAACGCUCUCUCUCCUCCCCAAUACCUCCUCCUACUUUGCUUCCUGGUCUCUCUGCUAAGUCUGCCAUUUCAUUCAACAAAAACUUUCACAUUUGGAAGAGUCACGCUCCAAAGGCAAGAAUGGUGCAACCGUAUGAUAUACUUCUCUCAAAUCCUCAUGUCUCAGCAUCAGCUAUGCUAGGCACUGUAGUUACUGCAUCUCUUGGUGAAAAUUCAACCAGCCAAGAUGAGCCAUUUAAGCUUUGCGCCAAAGGAGCAAAUUAUGCGGCUUCAGCUGAUCUGUUCGCAUCUGCAUCCCUUUCUGCUCAGCUUGGAAAUUUCCAAAAGCCUUUUUUGGACCUUACCCGCUUUCAUGCACGACUAGAUAUACCUUCAGCCUCCAAAUUCCUAAAUGGAGCGUCUAAAGUGGCUCAGGCUCUUAACAAUUCUCAACCACCAAGUGUGGAAGCAAUUCAGGCAAUUACUCCUUCUGCCACCCUCUCAUUCCAGCAGCAGAUGGCUGGACCUUUCAGCUUGAGAAUUGAUAGUGGAGUGUGUGUUGAUAUGAAGAAAGAUUGGUACUUGAAUGUGAAUGAUCCCGUAUUUGCUGUUGAAUACGCGUUGCACGUUCUUGCGUCUGCGAAAGCUGUAGCUUGGUACUCCCCAAAGCAAAGAGAAUUCAUGAUAGAACUUAGAUUUUUUGAGACUUGAGGAGCAGGAUGGAUGCUUACUUUGUAGCUUGGUAUUCCCCAAAGCAGAGAGACUUUAGAUUUUUUGAGACUUGAGGAGACAAGAUGGAUGCUUACUUUGUAGCUUGGUAUUCCUCAAAGCAAAGAGAAUUUAGAUUUUUUGAGACUUGAGGAGACAGGAUGGAUGCUUACUUUCUUGUAUUUUGAUAGUAACCUUUCAAAUUCAUUUGUAUUUUGAUAGGAGCCUUUGAAAUUUUCUUGUACAAGGAUUCACUUGCAACUUCAAAGUAUUAUUUCUCGUAUGGCGUGAUGGAAUGAAGAGAGGUGGUUUACA